AUGGGAAACUCUUCCACCUGUUGGGACGGAGCGCUGGGCGAGAACAUCUCCUGGGCUGUCACCUACGCCUUGCUGGCGGUGGCCGGGAGCUCGGGGAACCUCCUGGUCAUCUACCUGGUGUACUCGGUCCGCAAACUCCGCAGCGCCAGCAACGCCUUCAUCGUCAACGUGUGCGCCGCCGACCUGCUGGUGUGCGGCCUGUGGAUGCCCCAGGAGGCGGUGGCGUUGGCGUUGGCUCGGCCGCCUCGGGCAGCUGCUGGCCCGGCCUCUUGGCGCUCGCUGGCCGCCGCGCUGCUGCUCCUUGCCUUGCUCGCCUCUCUCUUCUCGCACUCGCUCAUCGCCCUGAACCGCUACGCGUUGAUCACCAAGGCUCCGGCCGCCUACCGGGACCUGUACAGCAGGAGGAACGCGGCUGCAAUGAUCGCCAGCUCCUGGCUAGCGGCUGCCGUGCUGCUGCUGCUGCCCUGGCUGAUGGCAGCGGCUCUGUGGCGUCCCCGGCCCGGCGCUUGCCUGCUCUACCCGGGCCUCGCCGCCGUCUCCUCCAGUGGUGGCUGCUCCUGCUCCCUGACACUGUGCCCCUACGCUGCGGCCGUCACCGCCGCCUCCAUCCUCGCCCACACCGCCGUCCUGCUGUACGCCUACUACAAAAUACUGCGCCGGGUGCAGGUCAGCGUCAACAGGGUCAGCGUGCUCAACUUCCACGGCAACAACCUGUCCUACCCGUGCGCCAGGAAGGACAAGAAACUGCGUCUGUACGUCUCCUUCGUGCUGUGCGCCUUCUUGCUGAGCACCGAGCCCUUGGUGUGGGUGUUGCUCUGCGGGCUGGUUGAGCCGGUGCCCGCUCUGCUCUGCAACCUCGCCUGGCUGCCCUUCGCGCUGCUCUUCGUCCUCAGUCCCUACGUGUACACCCGCAAGAACCAGGAGUUCAGGAAGUCCCUACGGACCGUUCUCGGCAUCGACCUGUCCAGGGCGGAGGUCGAGGCUGAGCCGGCGAUACACGCAGUGUCCCGGUGACCACGAAAUUUGACAAUGAACCAAACGUAACUACAACUACACAUGCUGAUUUACCGGGGCAUCAUAGAACCAAACUUCUGGCCAAUCAACAUAAGCGUAAAUCUGGCCCAAACCAUGACUUUGU